AGCAAGGGUCCCUUGCUCAAAAUGAGGGCCCCGCAGCUCUGGCUGCUGCUGCUGCUCAGCACUGGUGCCUGGACACAUGAUGAGGGGUCUGAAAAUACAAAUACUAUUUGUUCAAGAGAGGCCACCAGGUUUAAGCACAUGAGAAAUUAUGUCUAUCUCUAUGAAGUGGAUACGGCCAGUGGAGUGACGGGAACAGCAGGGUCCUACUUUGGCUCAAAAAUUAACUGCAAGGUUGAGCUGGAAGUCCCACAAACAUGCCAUUACACCAUGAGGACAAGCCAGUGUACCCUCCGAGAAGUUUCUGGGGUUGAUUCUGAAGGAAGACCUUUGCUUAAAGAAUCAAAGAACUCAGAUGACUUUGCUGCUGCCAUGUCCCAGUCUGAUCUGAAAUUCAGUAUUCAAGAUGGGAAGCAUGUCCAGCUUUAUCCUGCAGACAAUGAACCAACACACAUUCUCAACAUCAAGAGGGGCAUUAUCUCUGCUCUUUUAGUGCCAAUGGAGACCAGCAGUGACCAACAACUCUCCAUGGAUACUAUAUAUGGAAAAUGUGACAGCAAUGUUGAGAUACAAAACUGGAAAAGCAACCCAGCUGCCUCAGCCGACAUUGUGAUCAGCAGGAACCUGAAAAACUGUGAUAACUUCAGCUCCAUCAGAGAUCAUGUCAGCCCAGUUGCCCUCAUUAAAGGGUUGAAUACGCCCCUGUCCAGCCUGAUAAGCAGCAACCAGCGCUGUCAAUACAUUAUUGACUCAAAGAAAAAGCAUAUAUCUGAUGUCACCUGCACUGAAAAACAUUUAUUCCUGCCAUUUUCAUACAAAAACGAGUACGGCAUGAUGGCCAAAGUCACGCAAACACUGAAACUUGAAGAAACCCCCAAAAUCAACAACAGAAAUUUUGAUGUCAAUGGCCGGCUAAAGAGAGAACUGUCCUUGGAAGCUGUUGAGACCAAGUUCUCCAGGCACAGCAAUGCUGUGCUGAAAGUCCUUCAGGAACUGCAGAAACUAUCCGUCACCGAGCAGAACCAGAAAAGAGCCAGCCUUUUCUACAGAUUUGUAACUGGCCUGAGGGGGUUGCACAAUGCCACUCUGAAUGCUUUGGUGCCAAAGAUGAUAGAAACUUCCAGCCCCAUCACCAUUCAGGCCCUGGCCCAGUGUGGAACCCCAGAGUGCUUUGGAGCCAUCCUUCAGGUCAUGAGGACCAGCAAUGUUGAUCCAGUUGUGGCAGAUGCUGUUACAUACACCUUGGGAUGGCUUCCUUCUCCGUGCACCAAAAGGAUACGGGAAAUCCUCAACAUGGCCAGACACUACCAGAGCCGGCCUUCUUUUUACGCCUUGAGCAAUGCAGUCAAUAGAUUCUACGAUAAUGAAAGAACAAUCACCACAGACAUAAAGGAUGUUGCCGGUUUUAUGACAUCACUGAUCAACAAUGAAUGCUCUGGGGAUGAAGAACUCACUUACUUGACCCUGAGGACCAUUGGCAACAUGGGGAAAGUGAUGGAAGAAGCCAAUCCACAAGUGAAACACUCUCUGAAAACCUGUAUAAGAAGUAACACCGCAUCACCUGCAGUCCAGAAAGCAGCUAUUCAGGCACUGAGAAAAAUGACUAUUACGGAAGAGGACCAAGGGAUUCUUGUCAAAGUUUUCCAGGAGUCUUCCUCUCCGGCUGAAAAACGCCUGACUGCUUAUCUCAUGAUGAUGAGAAACCCUUCCCCACCUGACAUUUCCAAGGCCAUUAAAGUCCUUCAGAGGGACAAGAAUGAACAAGUAAAAAGCUUUGUAGCCUCACACAUUGCCAACAUCUUAGAUUCCGAAGACGUUUUCACUGAAUCGCUUAAAAACAAAAUUCAAGAGGCUCUUAAAGGAGCCCAGGUUCCAACCGUCAAAGACUUCCGAAGAUUUUCACGCAAUUACCAGGUUUCCCUGUCGAAGCCAUGGUCCAGUGAACCUUCUUCUGGAAAAUUGGAAGGAAAUCUGCUGUUUGACCCAAAUAGCUAUGUACCCAAGGAAUCCAUGCUGAAAACCACAUUGCAGUUGUUUGGACCGAAACCUUUGGAUGUGAUGGAGAUUGGUCUGGAUGGGAAAAACUUCGAGCCAACGCUGGAAGCCCUGUUUGGACCAAAAGGCUUUUUCCCUGACAGUGCCACCAGGGCUUUGUACUGGGUCGACGGCAAGGUGCCCCAAGGAGUUUCUCAGGCGAUCUUUGACUAUUUUGGACAGUCCAAGGAAGGCGCACAGGAUCAGUCUCAUGAUUUAAUGAAAGGGAUUAUGGUUAAUCUAGAGAAAGCAGUAAAUGAAAUCCGCAGCAAAGAAACUCCUGAAGCCAGAGCCUACCUUCAAAUUUUCGAGAAAGAGCUGGGAUACUUGAAACUCAGUGACAUUAAGCUGUUAAGAGAUCUAUUUCAUACAGUCGUCAGAAGCCUGUAUGCUGUGCCGAAGAAGAUUGUGCAUGCCAUCUCCAGCGGGGCUGAGAAAGACCUCUUCCUUCACUACAUCUUUAUGGACAAUGAAUUUGAGCUGCCAACUGGUGCAGGGCUGCAGCUACAUGUUGCUUUUUCUGGAGUAGCCACUCCUGGAGCGAAGGUUGGAGUGAAGAUUUCACAGAGGAAUUUGCAAGCAGAAUUGGUUGCUAAACCCUCCGUGGCAGCUGAAUUCAUAACACAUAUGGGAGUGAACUUCCCUGAGUUUGCUAAAACUGGCGUGCAGAUGAACACCAAUUUAUACCAUGAGUCUGGAACGGAAGUCCACGUUGCGCUGAAAGCUGGAAAACUUAAGUUCACAAUUCCUGCACCAAAGACCCCAACCAAGCUCUUCAGCAUCAGCAAUGUGUUGCACUUGGUCAGCCAAACCCGCACUGAAGCCUUCCGCCCUCUGACUGAGAACCGCGAGUCUCGGACAUCUUGCUCACCUUCCUUCAUUGGCCUUCACUUCUGUACCACAGUAGAAUAUCCCAAUGCCAGUUCCACAGGGGAGGCACCUUACUUCCCACUCACUGGGGAAACCAGGUAUGAAGUUGAACUGAAGCCAACAGGAGAAGUUAAGGAAUAUUCUGCAAGUGCUAACUACGAAGCAGUAAAAGAGGGAGAGGACUUGAUAGACAUCCUGAAGUUCUCUGCUCAAGCUGAAGGUGUAAAACAAUAUGAAGCCACACUGACCUUCAGCUACAAUCGAGGCAAAAAGAUUUUUAACAGCGACUUCCAGGUUCCCUAUUUCAACAUCGACUUGGGCACCAACUUCAGAUUAACUGAUUCCUCCACUCAUAAGAAGAAAGCCUAUGCCCUUAUCGUAGACCUGAACAACAAGAAAGUUCCUGAAGUUACUCUAACAGGACGCAUAGGAUAUGCUCCUGGGAAGGAGUCAACAGUGGAAGCGUCAAUCUCUGUUCCUCGUCUGCAGAGUCAAGCAAAAACAGAUUUUUCACUGCUACGGUCACGUAAUGGGAUGGAAUGCAGGAUUGACUCCUCAGGCACAAUUUAUGGCUCCUCAGUUUCAGAGCGGAUUAUGCUGAGAUAUGAUGAUGAGAAAGUUGAAAUGGAGUGGAAUUCAGGUACUAGUGCUGCCCUGAAGAAGAUGUCACCCAUGAUGCCCGUCGACUUCAUGGAGUAUGCAAAGGUUUUGCGGAAGCAUGCAAACAUGCUGCUGGACCACCAAGUAGCCAACACAGACAUGACGCUCCGGCAUAUCGUUUCACAUUUACUAACAGCAAUCAGCACCUCAUUGCAGCAGGGAUCCAGGAAUGUUCCUUAUGCCCAGACGAUACAGGACAAAUUGAAUGGACUUCAGGAACUGAAGCUUCAGAGCAUGGAUUUUAUCAGCAUUCCUGAGGAGCUUUUCUUCAGAAGCGAUGGCCAGAUUAAAUACAUAUGGAACAAGGACAGUAUGACCAUCACCAUCCCAGUGCCAUUAGGUGGCAAAUCAUCCCAUGACUUGAGAGUUCCUGAGAAUAUAUGGCUACCUCCAUUGGCAAUGCCAUUGUUGGGAGUAAACAUGCCCUCACAAGAUUUCCUGCUUCCAUCAUUCACCAUCCCAAAGUCCUACGCUCUCAACAUACCUUUGCUGGGUACUUUGGAGGCCUCUUCCAACGUGUACAGCAAUUACUACAAUUGGUCAGGCUCCUAUUCGUUGGCUAAUACCACAGGGGACACACUCAGCCUAAGAACACGCUACUUCAUGAGAGCAGAUUGUGUUUUGGAUCUACUUUCAUAUAAUAUACAAGGUCAGGGUGGAACAAGUUUUGACCAGAAUGCCUUCAGCUGUGACUAUGAGAACACACUGAAACAUGGACUGCUCAGCUCACACUUUCAGUACAGCAAGGCAGAACAAUUUAACCCCAGUCCCACAAGCAAAACUGCUCUUACAUUUAAGACUUCCAGCCCGCUGGGUGCUCAAUUUUCUCUGUCUAUCCAUGAAGAUGCCAAAGAUAGCAACAACCUGUUGGUUAGGAAUGUAGAUGUAGAAGGGCAGCUGAAUGUUGCUUCAGCCUUUGCAAAAACCACAUAUACUCAUUCCACCACCUAUGAUACAAGCAAGCUCACCUGGGUAGGGGAAUCAAACCUGAAGUUUGACUCUUCCAUCCUUCAGGCUACGAACCAGAUUACUGGCAGACAGACGGAAGACGCAUGGACCAUCACAUCUUUCUCAAACGUACAGAACGGCUUUCUGACUAACACUGCUUCCUUGAAGUAUCAAAACAGCCAACUGAAGUUGUCGUCUGAGACAGCUGGAAACCACAGGGACUUUGCAAUUCUCAACAAGCUUGACGUAUCUCUGGGCGGGCAAGGGGCUACACUGCGUUCUGAGUACCAAGCCAGUUGGAUGGAAAAUAAAUACUAUGCCUUGAUUUCAGGUUCUGCUAAUAACCGAGGUGCUGAGCUGAUUAGCCAUGUUUCGGCAAAAGGGGAAAGAAACAACGCAGAACACAAGUCAGAGUUAAGUAUUAACCAGAAUGGCCUGGCCAGCAGCUCAACCUCAAAACUGCAGUUCAACCUACUGAUGCUGGAGAAUGAAAUGAAUGCUCAGAUUGGACUCUCAGGGGCCUCUGCAAAGAUAAAUACUAAUGGGCGCUUUGGAAAACAUCAUGCAAUGUUCAACUUGGAUGGAAAAGUGGCUCUUACAGAAGUAAUGCUCGUAAGUGUGUAUCAAGGCAGCAUUUCAGAUGCGGACAGCACAAAUACAUUGACCUUCAAAGUGAAUAAAGGAGGCCUCAAGUUCUCAAACAACUUGAUAGGAUCGUACAAAGAAAUGAAGCUCGAACACACACAUGACUUGAACAUUGUAGGCCUAUCGCUGACCUAUGCUUCAAAUUUAGAUCACACCAUCAGCCAGGGCAAGUCUCACAAGCAUCAUUUGGACUUCCAGCUGGAGCCCUUUUCUCUAACAGGCAGUGUGAACAAUGAGUUAAAAUACGGCACUGCCAAUGUAAACAACAAUGCCCGGUUUCAACUUGAACCUCGGAAGAUAAAUCUGGAUGGCAAAGUGAAAGGUGCUUUUGGCAGAAGUGAGGUGAAGCAUGCCUACACCUUCACCUGUGAAGAUUUGAAGGCACACCUGAAGACGGACACAGUGGCAAACAUUCAGGCUGUAGCUCUGACCCACAGAGUUGACUUAAAUGUUGCAGGACUCUCCUCUACGCUCACGGUCAACACCGACUGUCACUCAAGGUCUUUAACUUUUUCUAAUGAAGUGCGAACUGUUGCAGCCCCUUUUAAAGUCACUGCUGAUAUGCGUACGAAUGCUGACGGGAGAGUCCUGCUCUUGGGAGAACACUCAGGGAAACUGUACAACAAAUUCCUGCUACAUGCGGAACCUCUUGCUUUCACCUUCUCCCACGAUUACCAGGGAUCCACUGCCCACACACUAUCCUCUGGGAAAGUGCACAAGACAUCACUGGAUAAUAAAGCCACUGUCCUUCUGAUGCCAUCUGAACAAAAGAGUACUUGGACAAUGAAAACUGAGCUGAACAAUAAUGUGCAUACCCAGGAACUUAGUGUUUUUAAUGAUCCUAAAGCCAUUGGUGUGAAGCUAAGUGGACAAACUUUAGCAGACCUUUCUCUGCUGGACUUACCUAUAAAUAUACCAUUCACAGAUGCUGAAACAGUCAAUCUAAUUGAUGCAUUUGAUUUAAGGGAAAAUACAGCCCAGCCUCAAGAGUUUGCUCUCUCUUUUUCUGUGUUGUAUGAUAAGAAUGAGGAUAUGCAUGUCAUCAAUCUACCCUUCUUAGAAAAGCUACCUGUUUACUAUGAGCAAUGUCGUCAGUCUUUCCUAGCUGCACUGGAAGCUGUUCAGAAGAGCCUGCAGAGUGUGAAUGUAGACCAGUUUGUAAGGAAGUACAAGGCAACACUAGAUAAGCUCUCCCAGCAGGUUAAUGACUACGUGGACAGUUUCGAUUUGGAAAGUAAAGUGAACAUCCUGAAAGAGAAACUGGAUGCUUUUGCAAAGGAUUAUAUCAUAACAGUGGAGGACUUUCAACUUGUCUUGGAAAAAGCCAGAACAAGCCUUCAAGAAGCUUUCUUGAAGCUGCAAACACUCCUAGUGGAAGCUGAAAAGUAUAUCAAGGAGAGCUAUGACUUCAGAACAGCUAUUUUACAGUUUAUUGAGCAAAUUGUUGAAAAACUGAAAACCUUAGACAGGCAAUACAAAAUUAGUGCAAACAUGAUGGACACUAUUGAACAAUUACAGUCUGUUAUCUCUCAGUAUGACCUCAGCCAGAUAGGAAGCAGCGCUGCAGCUUGGGCAAAGAAUAUAGAUGAUCAGUAUAAAAUCAAGGCUCAGAUGCAAGAAAAAUUAGACCAGUUGAAGAAGCAGAUUCAAAGUAUAGAUGUCCAACAUAUUGCAGAGAGUCUGAAGCACCAGGUGGAGGCAAUUGACUUCAAAACACUUAUGAAUAAGUUGGAAGAGUUCCUCCCACGUCAACAUAUGAAUCAAAUCCUUGAACAAUUGAAAUAUAUUCUUCUAAGUCUUAUGGAGCAGCUCGGAGUGUUUGAGAAUAUCAACGUCUUGCAAGCCAAAAUGCAUGAACUUAUCGUAAACUAUCAAAUUGAUCAGCAGGUCAAAGCUCUGAUGGACAAGGUGAUUGAGUUUUUUAAGCAGCAGAAAAUCAGAGAAACAGUCCAGAAAUUAACUGUGUCACUGAGAAAAAUUGAUAUAAAAUCAUUAUUCAAUCAGUUACAGAAAUAUAUCGAUGAUAUUAUUAAGCAGCUCCAGACAUUUGAUUUCAAAAAUGUGGUGGAGGAAAUCAACAAUGUUCUUGAUAUUGUUAUAAAGCAGCUGAAGUCCUUUGAUUACAACAAGUUUGUAGAUGAAUUAAACCAUAAAAUUCGGGAGGGAACACAGAAAAUCAAUGAUGAAAUCAGAGCCUUAGAAUUACCACAGAAAUUGGAAGCAGCCAUACAAUUAAUCAAAGAGGUAAAUGCUGUGGUUCUCCAAUAUAUCAAGAAACUAGAAGAAACUAGACUUGCUAUAGUAGUUGACUGGCUCAAUGAUCUCCUGAGCUCCACAGCAGUAAAGGAACUGAAAAAGAAGAUACGUGAUUAUCUGGAAGAGGUACGUGAUAUAAUUUAUCAAAUGGACAUACCAACAGAAUGCCAGAAACAUCUUGAGAAGGCAAGCCAGGUGUACAAUGCCAUAAUCACCUAUCUAGUUGAUCAGUGGAAUGCUGCUUCCAAGAAGAUAGCUCUUCUAGCUGAGCAAUACAAUGUAAAAAAUAUGGCUGACCAUUUGAACCACUUUGUUGAAACUGGUUUUCUAGUUCCUGAAAUCAGAACAGGGAUAAUCAAUAUGGCUGCUUUUGAAAUCAGUUUACGGGCCCUACGGGAAGCAACAAUUCAAACUCCAGCUUUUACUGUUCCAUUCACAGACCUGUAUGUCCCUUCAUAUCAGAUAAAUCUCAAGAAACUACAAGAGAUCAGAAUUACAGCUAGAUUUACUACUCCUGAGUUUACUAUUCUAAAUACCUAUAAGGUUCCCUCUUAUACAAUUGAUUUGAAUGAAAUCAAAUUGAAGAUUGUGAAGAUGAUAGAUCAGAUAAUGACAAGUGACUUUCAGUUUCCUGCAGGUGAUGUGUAUUUCCAAGAUCUAAAGAUAAAAGACAUGUAUUUUUUUGACUUUUCAUUCCCAGAAAUGAAUCUGCCUGAGUUACAGAUACCAGCAUUAUCGAUCCCAACACUCAAUCUGAGUGAAUUCCAAUUUGAAGAUAUUGCUAUACCAGAAUUUCAGAUUCCACGCAUUCCACACUCUUUGACUGUCCCUACAUUUGGAAAACUGUCUGGAGCCUUCAGAGUUGCCUCUCCCUUCUUCACACUGAACACUAAUGCUGGUUUUCAGAAUGUCACAACUGUUGCCCACAGCCCAGAAUUUGUGGCCUCUGUGUCAGCUGUAGCAACAUCCAAAGUCGAUGCCUUGGCUUUCAGCAUGACUGCAGACACACGCCUCAAAGCUCCUGAGAUGCAGCGGCUAGUCUUAAAAGACAGCCUGAAGUUCUCCCACCUGUACCUCAAAGUGGAUCAUGCAGGUGAAAUAACAUUUUUGAGGACUUCUGUUCAAGGUAAUGCUGAAACUACCAUUAACUUCCAUACUGCACGGAAUGCUAUAGAACUGCACAAUAGGUUAAUGGUCAACCUGCAGAAUAUGAUUUCAAUGGAAAGCAAGACAACAUACACACAUAUGCUCAAUGUUCCAAAGUCCCAGUUCACUAGCCAAGCUGAAUUAAGCAAUGAUAUAAAAACAGUACUGGAAGCUGGACACGUCUCAGUUAGUUCCAUUGGUAAAGGAAACUGGAAAUGGAAUACUCGUGAUUACUCUGAUGAAGGAACCCAUGAUUCUAAUCUCAGUUUCAGUGUAGAAGGAUCAGUGGCUGCAUUUGUGGUAGAAAACAAGAUCAAUGAUAAAUACUUAAAGGUCAACCAAAGACUGGCAUAUGAAUAUACUUUACCGAGUUCUGCAAGUCUUCGGGUUAGUUCUAGAAUUGAAUCUCCACCACUGGGACGUAGCACUUUAAAUCUACAAGGGACCCUGAAUCUUGCAGAACUGAAAGUAGAACUGCAAGGUGCACAUGAAGCUAAGCUGAGUGGACGUAUCUCUGGAACUAUAAGUAAUGAUGUAAACUUGUUGGUACAGCCCUUUGAAAUUAGCACAUCAACAAAUAACGAAAUGAAUGUAAAAGUUAGCUUCCCACUGAAAAUGGUUGGAAAAAUUGAGGGUCUGAAUAAGUAUGGCUUGAUCCUGAAUCCUUCCACUCAAAAAAUCAGCUGGAUAGCUGAAGGAAGAUUUAACCAAUACAAAUAUGCCCAUAAUGUGUCUGCUAGUAACAAUGAUGAUAGCAUAGAAGCUUCUGUAUCCAUGAAUGGUGAUGCUAACUUGGAAUUUCUCAACACCCCCCUAUCAAUUCCUCAACAAACUAUCCCCUACGUUGACAUCAAGACACCCCACGUGCAAGGUUAUUCUCUGUGGGAGGAAACAGGGCUGAAGAAUUUAUUGAAGACCACAAAGCAAUCAUUUAGUUUAAACCUCAAAGCUCAGUACAAGAAGAACAAAGAUGUACAUUCUUUUGAAAUUCCUUUAGAUGGCGUGCACAGGGCACUCAAUAACCAUAUUAAGUUCUUCAACACGCAUUUUGAAAAAGGUAGGGACACCACCUUAGCUUUCCUUACAGCAUCAUAUAACCAAGCCAAAGCCAACUUUGAGAAAUACAAAGUGGAUACUUCAGCCAGCCAAGCCCCACAGAUGUUCAAGAUCCGAGGGUACACCAUUCCAGUGCUCAACAUUGAGAUUUCUCCUUUUACAGCAGAGCUCCCAGCUUUUGGCUAUGUGAUCCCAAAAGAAAUGAGCACUCCAAGUUUCACUUUCCCAUUCGUUGGAAUGUCAGUGCCAUCAUACACAUUUGUCCUUCCAUCCCUGGAGCUUCCAGUUCUUCAUAUUCCUCAUAGUCUGCAGACACUCAAACUUCCCAGUUAUCGAGCACAUCCCAGCUAUGUCCAUAUGCCAGCACUUGGGAAUUUUACCACCGAAUUUUCAUUUAAGUCUAGUGUGAUUACCCUGAACACAAACGCUGGACUUUUUAAUCAAUCUGAUAUCAUUGCUCGGUUGAGUUCAUCCUCCUCUUCCGUGAUUGAUGCCUUGCAGUAUAAAUUGGAUGGAACUGUCAGUCUCACAAGAAAGAGGGGUUUGAAGCUAGCAAGUGCAUUAUCCCUGAACAAUAAAUUUAUUUAUGAAAACCAUGACAGUACUAUCAGUCUCACAAGGAAAAACAUAGAAGCUUCAGUAACAACUACAGCCAAAAUCAAUAUUCCAGGCUUGUAUGUGGGUUUUCAGCAGGAACUUAAAGGAAAUGCUAAAUCAAAACCAAUCAUCACUUCAACUAUUAAUCUAAAUUAUGAGUUGAAUACUUUUCCUGCCUUUUGUAAAGGAGAAGUUGCCCACAAGGUCACUCUAGAAAGCAUUUUAUCUUACCUAUCCAUGGAUACUUCAACCAAAGGUUCCAUCAAUGCAGAAUUUCGCAAAUCACAUGCAUUUUCUGGAACGCUAACUCAUGAGGCAAAUGCCUACAUAAAUGCUAAAACUGUUCGGUCUGCAGUCAAGUUUGAGACUAGUUCUGGUGUGGAUGGAGUCUGGAAUUUCGACACAAAAGAAAAUGUUGCCAUCGAAGCCUCUACCAGUCGUCUUUAUGCAGUGUGGGAGCAUGCAGGGGAAAAUAAUGUUCAGUAUCAUCUAAUUGUUAAUGGUAAAGGAAAUCAGAACUGUAAAGUAACUUUUGAACUAGCUCCAGGAAGUAUGUCAGCAGCUCUUCAAAUGCAAGCUGCUCAUCUACAUUAUUUAUUUGGUGAGACUUCAGUUAACCAUGCCAUGUCCAUGGUCAGCAAUAAUGAACAUCAGAAAAUUGACUGGAAGACUGAAGGCCAGUUCUAUGAUAUCUUCCUUGGACAUGAUUUGCAGUUAGCAAAUUACCAGACAGAAAUUCGAUUUGGCUUGUCAGAAUCAUUGGGGGGGCAUCUGCAUUUCCUCAAACACCCGCUGCCAGUUUAUGAGAGGAGCCUAUGGGACAUCCUGAAACUGGAUCUCACCACUCGUGCUGAAGAUAGGCAGUACCUGAAUGUAUCAACAGCUAUAGUGUAUACAAAGAAUGAAGAUGGGUACUUUUUCCCCCUAAAUGUGAACCAACUGGCAGAUGGAUUUACACUCACAAUUCCUGAAAUGGAGCUGAAAGUUCAGAAUCCUGUCACAACACCAGAAUUUAGCAUUCCCUUUACAACUUUGCAAGUCCCAUCUUACACUGUGGACCUACGUGAGAUUAAAGUCCCCAAAAACCUGACCACAAUACCAUUUGACAUUAAAUUUCCUUCACUGCCAGUAGUAAAGUUUCCCAAGCUGGAUGUACUAACCAGCUAUGAAGAAUAUAAAAUUCCCUACUUGGAGUUCACUCUACCCAAACAUCUAUUAACAGUAUCAGAGUUCACUCUUCCGAAGACCCUUUCUCUCAGCAAUAUGAAUGUGGAUCUCAGUGCCAUAGCCAAAAAAAUAGCCGACUUUGAACUGCCUACAAUUACAAUUCCUGAGCAGCAGGUUGAAAUCCCAGGUUUCAAAAUUGCUUUGCCUGCUGGAAUUUACUUUCCGAAAUUUGGAGCUUUGGCUUGUUCUUUCAAGCUUGAUUCCCCAAUUUACAAUAGCACCUGGAACACAGAACUAAAGAACAACAAGGGAUCUUUCCAACAUUCCAUCGAUUUGACUGCAAGUUCACCUCUGCAAUUUCUGGAGUAUGAUCUAGAUGGUGUGGCCACCUACAGGUAUGAAGACGACCGCUUCACGAUAAAUACUCAAGGCUCCUUUGCACAUCGUGACCUGAGUGCUGCUUACAAGGAAGACUUUGUUCUGCAACUAGAUAGAAUCUUUGACCACACGGCAUCUCUGGACAUCACCAGCCCAACCUUCACUGAUAUGCAAGUGCGUUUCCAGGCAGAUAACUCAAAGUUUGUGACAUCGGUUUCUUCUUCUUCUGCUGGCACCCUGGGCUUUCAGAUCAACCAGGACACCGAUGUUCUCGGAAGCAAGAUCUAUUACCGGACUCAGUCUGACCCCCAGAAGGAUGUUGAUGUCUUCAAAAGUGAGAUAUCAUUCAAAAAUCCUGAAAUGAUUCAAGUCAAAACCAAUUGGGAAGAGAAUGGUGCCAUGGACCUACUCAAAGGUCUAAAAGAAAAAGGGCCUAGGAUGGCUGAUGCUUUGUAUCACGCUGUUAAUAAGUACCACCAGGAGCAUACAGGGAUGGCGAUCAGUACAGCUACAUCAAAGCUGAAGGACAACUUGAAAGAUAGUGUUGACACAGCUUACAGAAGAACUUUGGACAAUAUCAAUGAAGUGGAACAGCAGCUUCGUGUAAUGAGUGAUGAGGCCACGGGGAAAUAUGAAGUUAUGAGGAAGAAAGCCAGAAAGCUGUAUCGUGAGCUUGCAGACCAAGCUGAUCAAAUAACUUAUGACCAAAUCAGAGGCUUGUAUUCUAAUUCCACAAUGAAAGCGAUAGGAGAAUACCAUGAAAGGAUGAACCAUUUUAUUGACUCUUCUUUUGAAUACUUCAUGACAACAAGAUUCCAGGUGCCAGGAGUUGAUGGAAAGCACACUGGUGAAGAACUUUAUGUGAUGGCCACUAAAAACUUCGCCAAAGUUGCAGACCUCUGCAUCACAAAAUUGCAGGAAUAUCUUAAUGCUUUGAUUGAAUUUUUCACUGAGGUAGAGGUUAAAAUUCCAGUUUUCAAUGAGGUUAUUAGGGGUAGUGUUAUACUUGAUGAAAUUAAAACAUUUCUAGCACAUAUGCAAAACAAAGUCAGUCAGAUAUUUGUUGAACUGCAAGAGUUUGACUUUUCACAACACAUAAAAAACCUAAAAGUUGUAGUUCAACAAGCCUUUCAAGCAUUAGAAGAGUUGAUCAGAAAUUUACAAUCCCAAAACUAUGACUAUGUAAAAGACCAGGCCAAACAACUGUCCACAAAGUUUUUACAAGCACUGAAAAGCUUAGCAGAAGAUGCAAAAUAUUUGGCUCCUCGUGUUGAAAACUUCAUGCAAAAUUAUGUGUGGAGUAUCUCCAGUAAGCUAGAAGAAUUUUUGCAUACAGUGAAAGAGCUAAGGAAGCAAUAUAUUGACUCAGGCAUAGCUGGAUGGUCUGAAAAAUAUUUUGAAAUGGAAGAGCAGUUCUUAGCUUGGCUGAAGAGCUUUUUCAAUGCUGUAAUAGAGUGGCACACCAAAUGUGUUAAUGAUGCUGCUGAGCUGGUUGCUCAUCUGACAGAAAAAGCAAAAGAAUUUGUGGAGAACAAUGGAAAAAUCACAGGGCUCUCUAAGAUGGCUUCUGAAAAGAUCCAGUAUUGGUCUGAAGAGGCUAAGAAGAGUGCUGCUAUACAAAAAGAACAGUUGAAGGAUAUCAUACAGGAGGCAUUUGAGCAACUUUCCAAUUAUUAUGCACAGCUUCUCAGUGAGUCCAAAAACUUGAUUGACCUGGUAAUAAACCAAUUUAUUACAUUCUUGCAGUAUCUCCAAAAGGUUGUUUAUGCGUUUGAUCAAUCAACAGCUGAUAUUCUUAGGCCCUAUGUAGCUGUUCGCCAAGGAGAGCUCAGAAUAGACAUACCAAAGCCAUUUGCUUUGCCACCUGUUAACUCCAUUUCUCAAAUGGCCCAGUUAAGUAAGGAAAAUCCCCAAAAGAACAUACUGAUUCGGCAAAGCAUUGACUGGUCGUCCAAGAAGUGGAAAGAUGAAAGAUUCACUAAGGAGCAGGUCUGCACUGUACAACUGACCAUGUAACAGAUCAAGCAAAAUAUACCAAAGUGGCUGCAGUCUUGACUGGACAGACAAGAAGAAUGGUUAUGCAAGUUUUGUCAUGCCAUAUUUAAAUCCAGCAGCAAUCACUGUUUUGAGAACAUCAGCAAGCUAUUCAUUUGAAUUUUGGCAUUUGUAAAUGAAAACUGAAUAAUCUGCAGGUUAGUUUAAUGCUCUGCAAAAGCCAAUAAAUGAAAUCUUCAUGCCAUUUCAGUGUCCUUUAUUAAAACCACUUUUCUUGUAAGAUUGAGACUGUGAUCCACUUUUCGUUAUAGGGAGUCUGUACCGUGACUCCAGAGGUUAUACAGCCAGCCCUGUUGUAGCACAAUAAUGCCUGUAAACAGUCUUAGUGAAUGUUCAGAACCGUAUGGAGUAAGGGCAGUUGAUAAGGUAAAGGUCAGCCUAAGCAAAAUAAUGUGAAUUAGAAAUAAUUUUGAAGGGGGACAUGAUAACUAUAGCUGUAUAUACUUGUGUAAUAAAGCAGGGAAAAGGAGCUGGCGUGCAAGUGUUGGGUUGGAAUCUAUGCAUUCUACAUGAAACAGAAAAGGAUAAGAACAAAGACCUCGGUGGUCAAAUUAAUCUGCCUACACGUAAAAAUAGAAUGCUUCUAUUUCUGCCCACUGUCAUGGGUCAAGCACUAUACAUGUACAAAUAAUUUCAUUUUCCUUGUCAACCAAGCUAGUAUUUUCUAUGCUUUGCAGCUCUUGUUUAUAUAUUUUCAAUUUCAUUGUGAAACGUAUCAUUUUUCAUCCAAUCCAAAGUCAGCCACUGUUCAUCCAAGGUUGCCAACUCCAUUUUCUGCAGCGUGGCUGUUGUGCUUCUGUCUUUGCUGUAACGGUUCCACACAGAUGGGAAAAGUUCAGCAGCUGCAAUCUUGGAGGAGUGGACUCUCUCUACUGCUCAGCUUUUAAAGAUGCAGGAUCCAUCUUUGGGCAACCCAUUACUGACAAGAUUGAAAUUUGAGAUUUCUGAGAGCAAACUAUCUGGGCUACAUAAUUUAUUUGGUUUUAUAUUUUGCAGCUGGAAUGCUAUGUACAUAUUAGAAUUCCUUUGAAUGGGCUUCCUUCCCAAUUAGCUUCCUUUCUUGCUUCUAGCAGAAUAAACUCAUGUUUUCAGUAUUAGUAGAAAUGUUGUAUGUAUCUGUCUUAAUUAAACUAUUCACUCUA